AUGUGUGUGUGUGUGAGUGAGACAGCAGAGGUUGUGUAUUGCUGCUGAUGAGAGAGGGAGACAGAUAUAACAGAAACAUCAUCCGUUGAUUAAACAAAACAACAGCAACAGGAGUUCGCUAGCUCAUCUAAAACCGCGGAUGUCAGAUUAACGGAUAAAUCGCCGCCGAGGGAUUGAGAUAAAAGAGCAUCGCGCUUUAUUCGCGGGAUUAUCGGUGGUCUUCAUCCCGCUAACAGGCUAAUAACAAGCGCAGGUGGAUGACUCGCGAGACUCGACCUGGAUUUUGGCCUGUUUUUAAGAAAGAUGAAUUGAGGAAUAACACAUUCACGUCAAACCAAAUUGAAGGAUUUAAUCGACUCUGAAGAGAAAUCGGAAACAUCAUAAAUGUCUUUUUUUUUUAGGGGAAAUCAAAUGAGAAGGGGUCGUGUGGGCCAGCUAGUCGGCUAUUAGGUUUACCUCAGAUGUGUAGGCUGUUGAUGCUAACCGCACUGGAACAAUCUAUCAUUUAAGGGUUUUUUUUUAGUAUGGAACAAUGACAGCUGUUUAAAAAUAGUCUGCUGUGUUUAACAUAUGAAAAAGAGAGAUAUGUUAAGCUUUGUUUACUCAGAUUGCUCGGCAAUCUGGUUAAUCUGAGUAAAACGUUUGAAAUAACUGCCUCGUAAUAGGAUAAACUGUGUAUAAAGAGAGUUUAAACAUUAUAACCAGAUUUGAAUACUUAGUAGUUUAUUCCAGGGAAGUGUCAAGCCUCUUAUAAAUGAUUUACUUGAUGUUUUUGUAGCACUAGCAAGUUAAAGAUUACAAGUUAAAUCAACCCAAAUGAAAUUUGUGUGAUAUUUGCAAUUAUACAGCUCUUUAUUCUAUGAAAUGUCCUACAUGGUGUAUUUUUCAUUAACAACAUUAACAAGAAGUAACCUGAAAUACUGAGGUAAUCCAGUUAAAUUGGAUGGGAGUGACCAUGCUUUUGAGAACACUUGUGUUAAAUGGAUUAGAUGAAUGCAAAACAGGGAAGUAAACUCAACUUUUAUUUAUGGAGAGGUUUGCAUAUUGGGAGAAAAAAAGUAUCGCAGCUCGCAUGGAGCUGAGCUGCAACAGUGAAACCUUAUCCUUGUGUCCGCAAAUGUAAACAGUAGUUGAUCAUUUACAGGGAGGUGGACGCUUACGCAUGGGUCUCGACAAGGAUAUUUCUUUUGGUGCGUAUGCUGGAAGAGGUCACCAAUUGCUUUUGAAUUCCGAACAUUAUUACCUUGUGGGAUCAUAACAAAGGACUGGAAUUUCUGGAAUAUUUCCAUUUAACAGAGAGAGCUCGUCUUUUCAAUGGAGCAAGUUCUCUCCAGCCCCCAGGGGUGUUCUGAGUGGGAGGUAAACGGAAAAACGGAGUGGGAAUCCGAUCAGAAUCCUCUGGGAUUUCUCCUUGUGGAUAAAGAGAACAGUUCUGUUGCAGAUCCUACUAAUGAAAUUUUUCAGGAGAAUGCCAUAAACCUAGAUGACUUAUUUUGGGCGUCUCAGACGUAUUCCUGGGAAAAUGGUUUGGAUUGUGUUUAUCCUGAAUGGAAGGCUCAGCCUCCUCCUUCCCAAGAUCUCAAAGGAGAUGGUAAUUCUGGAAUUUCACAACUUGUUGAAGGAGAUCUCAUCUGUUUUAAUUCUAGAUCUGCAAGUCCUUCGUUGGCGGACAGACCAGUGCAGGACAACAACCUUUAUGACCAUGCUGAACAGGUGGAGGUUACUGCCACUUCAAGCACUUUAAAUGUGUGCACAGGUGAGCUGGGCAUUAACGCCCCCACCCUUCACACUGACAAAACAUUAUUACAAGACACACACCUUAUGCUUGAAGAGUCGCAUUUAACAAACUGUGAGUUCAGUUGUAAUUCUGGUGUGGAAAACGAAAGUCAGAACUUCCUUUCACAUGGGACUCGUAACAUCCUGGAAUCUGAAGGUUUGUUUGCAGUUUCUCCUGUGGAGGUGUCUUGUGUGGAUACAAACUCAAAUCCCAAGCCUACAAUUGUUUGUCAGACACCUCCUUUGGCAUCUGAACACAUCUACCUCUCAUCCUCAGCCCUUCCCUGUGAGCCUGUCUUUCCGAUGACAUGCACAAAGCCACAUGUUCCGCCAUAUCACGCGGGUAGUGCAACACUUCCAAUGGAUGAGGUAGAGAUGAUGUUACCCAAACUUCAAGGUGGAGAAGGGGAGAGUAGUAAACCUUCAGCUAAUAACAGGACCCUUGAGCCCCAAAGGCUAGAUGCUAACACGGACACAACACAUCUAUCAGUGUGUCCAUUAGGAGAGUCUGACAUAUCACCUGAACAUUGUGAGGAAAUGCUGCAUGAGUUGUCAACAAAAUGCACAGUGGAAAUGGUUGAAGAGGAGGUAAAUAAGAAGUCUGUGUCAAGCAACACAACUAAUACUGCUUUUUCCAAACCCAAAACAGAACUUUGUGAAGAAUUGUCAGGAUGCACAUUAGGUGUAUUAUUGGAAACAGUCAGUGGAGACGUAAAGGAGGAAGCUGCGUCGGACUCUAGAACUGAUCAUGUUUUUCCUGAAACUCAAACAGAUCUCGCACCAGUUGCUUUAAUCGAUUCACAAGCAGAAGAUCCUUCAACUGAAAGCUUACCUAGGAAAAAUGGACAAGAGGAGUCCAAAUCAGCCUUACCGGUCAGCACACCUGAGCAUAAUGCCUUAUUUGAGCUCUCAUCAGGAAAUGUCGUGUUACCUGAGGACCACAGCCAGUCAACAUUCUCAGCUCAGACUCAAGCCUUAUCUGAGGUCGACCACGAUGGAGACCUUACUCCUGAUGGCAUGUUAACAGACAACAUUGUUUGCGAAGCCGUGACAUCUAUAGACUCUGUAAUUCUAUCUCUAACAGAUUCAUUUGAACUCCCAAAACUGUCUGACUGUGAUUUAAGUUCACAUGAUUUUGAAUCCCAUGCACUUACACUUGAAAUUCAGAAUAAUGUGACAUGCGUUCAGACAGGCAGCGUUGACAAUAACCCUGAGGAAAUGGUGAAACUCUACUCAAUAAAAACAGAUAAUACAGAGAUUCCAGACACACUCAUGGAUUUAGAAAUCUCGGAUUUACAUCAAAAUCAACAAGAUUUAAAAAGCAAGUCUGACUAUUUGCUGAAUGAUUUACUCCAUGACAACAAUCAGGAACCAAAUGCAAAAACUGACGCCUGUCAGGAACAAAUCAGUGCUCAAAACAAUGAAAACACACUUGUUGAAGAUCUCGCUCUUGUGGACCAACGGAAUGACUCUUUGACCACGAAAUCAAGUGCAAUUGCAUUCGAAAAUAAAUCUGAAAAAAAUCUAACCAGUCACGAUAUGGUGCAGAAUGUCGAAGCCAAACAUCCAACAGAUUCAUUUGAACUGUCAAAACUGGUGGACUGUGAUGCAAAUUCACAUGAUUUUGAAUCUGAUGCACUUGCACUUGAAUUUCAGAAUAAUCUAACAUUUAUUCAGACAGGCAACGUUGACGAUAACCCUAAGGCAAUGGAAAAAGAGAUUCCAGACACACUAACAGAUUUAGAGAUAUCAGAUUCACAUCAAAAUCACCAAGCAACUGAUUUAGGAAGUCAGUCGGAAUAUUUGCAGAAUGAUUUACUCCAUGACAAGAAUCUGGAACCAAGAACUAAUGCCUGUCAGGAACAAAUCGGUGCUCAAAACAAAGAAAACCCACUUGUGGAAGAUCUCGCUCUUGUGGACCAACUGAACGACUCUUUGACUGCAAUAUCAAGUGCAAUUGCAUUCGAAAAUAAAUCUGAAGGAAAUUUACUAAGUCAUGAUACACUGCAGAAUGUCGAAGCCAAACCUCAAACAGAUUCAUUUGAAACCACAAAACUGGUGGACUGUGAAGCAAAUUCACAUGAUUUUGAAUCCGAUGCACUUGCACUUGAGUUUCACCAUAAUCUAACAUGUAUUCAGACAGGCAGCAUUGACAAUAACCCUAAGGCAAUGGAAAAAGAGAUUUCAGACACUCUUACAGAUUUAAUACUCUCAGAUUUCCAUCAAAAUCAACAAGCAACCAAUUUAAAAAGUCAGUCGGAAUAUUUGCAGAAUGAUUUACUCCAUGACAACAAUCAGGAACCAGGAACUGACGCCUGUCAAGUACAAAUCAGUGCUCAAAACAAAGAAAACUUUGUGGAAGAUCUCGCUCUCGUGGACCAACUGAAUGACUCUUUGACCAUGAAAUCAAGUGCAAUUGCAUUCGAAAAUAAAUCUGAAGAAAAUUAUGAUACACUGCAGAAUAUCGAAGCAAAACCUCGAACAGAUUCAUUUGAAAUUACAAAACUAGUCAACUGUGAUGCAAAUUCACAUGAUUUUGAAUCCGAUGCACUUACACUUGAGUUUCAGCAUAAUCCAACAUGUAUUCAGACCGACAACGUUGACGAUAACCCUGAGGCAACGGAUAAACAGCACUCAAAAACAAUAGAUCACACAGAGAUUCUAGACACACAAAUGGAUUUGGAUAUCUCAGAUUUACACCAAAAUCAACUAGAAACCCGUUUAAAAAGUCAGUCAGACUAUUUGCAGACUGAUUUAGUCCAUGACAACAAUCAAAAGCCAAAAACUGAUGCCUGUCAGGAACAAAGCAAUGCUCAAAACAAUGCGAACCCACUUGUGGAAGAUCUCGCUCUUGUGAACCCCCUCACUGACUCUUUGACUGUGAAAUCAAGUGCAAUUGCAUUCGAUAAUAAAUCUGAAGAAAAUAUACCAAGUCAUGAAACGCUGCAGGAUGUUGAAGCCAAACCUCACAGUGUGACUUUACAGGGAGGGGAGAGAUCAGAUUGCAGGUCACCAACUCGGAAUCAAGUCAUACCUCAUUGUGCAAGUAAUCCUGAUUCUUUAGAGUCCACUCCCUUUACCUGUACAGAUAAUCAGCUGACCGUGACGGGUGGACUCGCUGGGCUGGAUCUCACAGAGACUACUAGCCAAUCAGGUGAAGCUUCAGGCGAGGGGGAGGCGGGGCUUCCUGUUCUGCCUACACAUCAGGAGGAUUUCCAUCAACUGACACCAUCAGAGAUAAACCUAGCACAAGAGCAACAAGUGAGCUCAGUCGUCCCCAGCUCUCCUCCCUCACACAGAGAUGUCUUUCCCUGUGGAGCCAGCCUGGAUGGAGAGGCCUACCUGACCUUGAUGGAGAACAAUCCUGAUACUCUCAAACAUGCAGAAAUGACUCUAGAUCUGUGCAAGGCCUCAGACGCUCUGCCGACCAAAUCGCUCCAAAUUGCGCCUGUGGAUUUGAUUCAUGUGCCUAUAGUUUCCGCAACAGCCCCUAGAAGUGAGGAGCAGUCUGCUCUCAGAGCAGUUUUCCAGGCUUUGGAUCAGGACGGAGAUGGAUUUGUUCAUAUUGAGGAGUUUAUUGAGUUCGCAAAAGCCUACGGAGCCGAACAGGUGAAGGAUCUGACGCGGUUCUUGGAUCCCAGCGGUCUGGGUGUGAUCAGUUUUGAGGAUUUCCACAGAGGCAUCAGUGCAAUCAGCAAUGAAGGCUCUGAUCCAGAGCUCUACAAGACUCAUCUCAGCGCAGUGGAAGCCAGUGGACCUCCAGAGGAAUAUGACGAGCAGGCGGAGGUCUCUGACAGCGCUUAUCUGGGUUCAGAGAGUGCCUACAGCGAGUGUGAAACCUUCACAGACGAGGACACGACGGCUCUCGUCCAUCCAGAGCUUCAUGAAGAUGUGGAGACAGACAGCGGCAUUGAAAACACACUCACAGAUGGAGACGACCGCAACAGGUUCACGUUGGGCUCUGAUUUGAAUGGCCACACCGUGGUGGCUGUGAUUGGAGGAGAGGAGGAGCACUUUGAAGAUUUCGGCGAGAGCAACAACACCUCAGAUCUGCUGCUGGCCAAUCAGGAGGAGGGAAGGGUGAGGCCAGACGGGGAGGGAGAUGCAGAGCCACUCCCACACUCAGACAGCCCACUGCCCCACCCACUGAUGCUGCUCUCUCCAAGCUCCAGCAAGAGGCUGUCCAGUAAGAAAGCUGCAAGACACUUACAGCAGUCCAACAACCUGGAUGUCAUGGGAGAUCUGACUCAAGACAUUUUGGACCUGGCCGAUCGUGACAUCACAGACAAGGUGUUGCUGCUGGAGAAGCGCGUAUGUGAGCUGGAGAAGGACUCGCUGGAGAGUGAAGAGCAACAUGCACGCUUGCGCCAGGAAAACCUCACUCUCGUGCAUCGCGCAAACGCUCUGGAGGAGCAGCUGAAGGAGCAGGAGCUGCGCACCGAGGAGGACUUACUCGCUCAAACCCGAAAACACAGAGAUGCACUUAACAAACUCCAGCGGGAGAGAGAUCUGGAGAUCGAGAACCUCCAGGCCAGGUUGCAUCAGUUGGAUGAGGAGAACAGCGAGCUGAGGUCAUGUGUUCCCUGUCUGAGGGCCAACAUCGAGAGACUGGAAGAGGAAAAGAGGAAGCUUCAGGACGAGGCAGACGACAUCACACAGCGCCUAAAUGAAGAAAGCGAAUCACGCAGGAAAAUGUCCGACAAGCUGAGCCAUGAACGACACACCAACCAGAAGGAGAAAGAGUGCACUCAGGGGUUGAUAGAGGACUUGAGAAAGCAGCUGGAACACCUGCAGCUGUUCAAGUUGGAGACUGAAGCGAGAAGAGGCCGAUCUUCCAGCAACGGCCUGCAAGAAUACAACACACACAUGAGAGAGAACGAACUGGAGCAGGAGAUACGCAGACUCAAACAGGAUAACCGCAGUCUGAAGGAGCAGAACGAUGAGCUCAACGGUCAGAUCAUCAACCUGAGCAUCCAGGGAGCGAAGAGCCUUUUUACAGAGUCUCUGUCCGAAUCACUCGCUGCCGAGAUCAACAACGUCUCCCGCGCUGAGCUGAUGGAGGCCAUCCACAAACAGGAGGAGAUCAACUUCCGUCUGCAGGACUACAUCGACCGCAUCAUCGUCGCCAUCAUGGAGUCCAACCCCUCCAUCCUGGAAGUCAAAUAAUCCCAUCUAUGAACUAAAACAGGAGGCGAGAGGAGACCACCAAUUCAAUCACGAUGUUGAUCAGAUUAUUUAAUGAUUCGCCUUGUAUGGAUGUGUGUGUGUGUGUUGGUUUUGGUGGUUUACGAGGACACAAAUUUGUUUAACCCUAACCCUAACCCUAACCCUAAGUUGUUGCAAACAAUUUAUAUAAGCUGAACAAACACAUUAAGUUACUAAAUUGAAUUAGUUUGUUUAAAUUCAGCCCAUAUAAAUUGUUUACAACCUUAAAUAAAGUAAAUCCAAAUAAUAAUUUUUUUCUGCGGGUCCAUGUAAUUGAAAACUCUUAAAAGUCAUAUUUACAUGGUCUUUUCACUUUUAAAAUUUGCCACGGGUUUCUUGUGAGGGUUGGGUUUAGAGGUAAGGCCAUAUUAUCAUACCUGCCCACACUCCCGUUUUUCCCAGGAGUCUCCCGUAUUUCAGACCCAUCUCCCAUCGCCCUCCUGUUUUGUUAUUUGUCCUGGAUAACUUAAUUGGGAAAAUUCCACCCUCCUCCCUCCAGUCCUCAACCCCCGGGUUGCAACUUUGGUAUAGUAUCCAAUUGCCACGACCGCUUGGUACCUGACCUAUAGUACAAUUAGUUACUAACACCACAAACAUCAGCACCCCCCCACGUUUCUCAACUGUCGAGCGCACACAUAUGCUCUGGCGCAAUGUUCACAAUGCCCUUGCCCUGGCUGACGCUGAUGUUGACGCUCUCAAAAAUGUAACUACACAUCACAACGACACAUAUCGUAAGCUCUGUGAUUGGUUUGCUUGAUAGCUGUGACCAGUGUGGGCAGGACCAAGGGCCGGCCAAACCCAUUGUAGCAACUGUUUACAAGUGUCAAUCCCGUGAAGUAGCUCUAGAUGGAAACUGUUGUGUUUUACCUUAUGAUUAAGGUUGUUGCUAGUCCAACGGUUCCCGCCUCAGAAUGACCGAGAUUUAGCUACUUUUACAUUAAGGUAGCGUUUAGAAAAACAAAACACCCGCAUAGAAACUCAACACAGAGGAACAUAAACACCUACUGCCAGCUAGCGUUUCAGAAGUGUUAUUGCUGAUCAACACAAACAGCUCGCAGGUGUUUAUGUUCCUCUGUGUCGAGUUUCUUCAUGGGUGUUUUGGUUUUCUGAACGCUGCCUUCAUGUAGGAGUAGCUAAAACUCGCUCAUUUUGAGGCGGGAACCAGCGGAUGUGCAACAACCCUUAAUCAAGUAGUGU